AUGGACUGCGAGUCCACGACCUUCGCAGAGAACAACUUGGAGAUCGCCGACAUCAACAACAUCAUCUACCCUGUGACGCCAGGGGAGCAGAUCUAUGUGGCCAUCACCAACAACGUGAGCUCAGCGGAUGAACCCCGAUCGCUCACGACAGCCUACGACCAUGAUGAGCGGCUUCUAGGGCCCUCAGUGAUGGACCAGUUCGACUACGUGAUGUUUGGAAAGGCACACCCGUACGGUCGACACGACGGCGUUGCAUGUGGUCCUGGGUCCUCGGUUCGGAACAACCCGUCGGGGUGA